UGUGUGUGUGUGCGCGCAAUAUGAAGUGGUUUUGUUCCAGAGUGAGUCAGUAUGCCAGACUCCUCUGGAGAGACAAUACCACACAGAGAUCAUGGCUCAGGAGCGGACCAGAGACAGAUGGAACUGCAGGAUUUUCACCUACACCGAUUCUGACUGCUACACCAAUUGGGAAGGGGUGGUUUUCAACAGAAUCUCUAUUUCUGUAACGGUUCUGUAACCAAAGACGCUGGGAGACGGGACAGUGUCUGGACAAGAGAAACAAAACAACAUCGAUGCAGACAUGGGAAUGAAACUGAGGAAGUGACAGAUAUAGGGGAGGUAAUCAAUGACCUGAUGGCGUCCAGCAUUCCCAGAGUAUGGUGACGCAGGUCAAGUCCAAUCCUACCUUACUGGCACAUAGGAUGGUCAAUGUCAGACACAGACGACAGGACAGACGCCUAGUUGACCGCACCAUCCCCAAGUCCAGGCUGAUUACCUGGGAGCCCUCGGAGGACUUUGUGAAGACCAGCCACAUGGUCAACACACCUGUACAGACCAUGCACAUCAUGGGGGACCUGGGACCAGCGGGCAAACUUGGCCAAAAGGAGAAGGAAUGCUUGUCUGCAUGAUAAGAGCAGAUGGAAAUGGAGUGGUUACCAUCAAACCAGACUUCAACAAAGGCAAGGAGCCCUUCAGGCCAGUGACCCGCACCCGCUGAAGUCAAAAUGUUUUACCCCUAGCUCAAGUUGAGACGGAGGGGGAGAAGAGGGAGGUGUGGCGUCAGACCAGAGGAGACGGAACAGCAACAGUGCAUAUAUAGACCGUUAUGUACGUCAUAAAGACUACCUCAACAGCUUGGUUGGCCAGGACUGAAAUGGUAUGCAUGUAAGUUUGUGACAGAUCCUUAACAAGUUGUUUCAUCAGCAAAGGUCAUCUCAAAUCCAAUUUUAUUUGUCACAUGCACCGAAUUUAGAUCAUUUUAAUAAAAGUAACAAAUAAUUAGAGAGCAGCAGUAAAAUAACAAUUGCGAGGCUAUAUACAGGGUGUACCGGUACAGAGUCAAUGUGCGGAGGGCACAGUUAGUCGAGGUAAUAGAGGUAAAUUGACUAUGCAGAGAGUAGCAGCAGCUUAAAACAGUGGGGGGGUGCAAAAAGUCUGGGUAGCCAUUUGAUUAGCUGUUCAGGAGUCUUAUGGCUUGGGGGUAGAAGCUUUUAAGUCUUUUGGACCGAGACUUGGCGCUCCGGUACCGCUUGCCAUUUGGUAGCAGAGAGAACAAUCUAUGACUAGGGUGG